AAAGCUGAUUGGCUUUAACUUUGUAAAUCGACACUUCCGCCAAACCACGGAAGCGGCAGAUUUGAAAAGUGUCCCGUAAACUCAGAGCGGCGGAAAUAUGGCUGCAAUGGACAUAUCAAUACGAUUCUUCACAAAACUGCGAAGUCUGGCCGUGCGCUUAGAGACAGAGAGAGCGAACCUGGAGCACACGGCCAGCCAGAAACUGGACGAGGAGGACGAAGGGACGGAGAGUGGGGCAGUCCAGGCACUACAUGAACUACAUUCUGAGGUUAAAGGGUUUAAGAAACUGGUUCAAGGACAGGUGGCAUCUCAAGAUGAUGGGUGUGGUGAGCUGAGGAGCUUUAUAAAAUCAUGCAUGGUGUUAAAACAGCGAACCACAGAAGACAUAGAAAGAAUCAAGAAUCAUUAUGAAAAGUAUGGGUACAAACCUCGAAAGAACUUCCAGAAAAAAUCAGAGGUAAAUGGCCAUUGCGAGACACAGGCUGGGCCCAUCUUAGAGAAUCAACCAGAGAGAGAGCCGGCUGACGAAGAGUCAGGAGAUGCUGGGGAAGAUGUACAAGUUCAAGAAUUAGCCCAGGGUCCUGAAACACCUGAUAAGAUGCUCCCUCCAGCUGUUGACCAAAUGCGCACUCCGCAGCUCGCAGAUUUUGGCCUGUCUGCACUUCACUUGCAGAUGGUGCUUGGCAAUGCAGAACAGUCUCGGGAAGUGUCUCAUCUUCCAGCUGUGGCUCUCACACCACCACCACCACCGUUAGUGAUGACCAUAGAACCAUCCCAGCCAAAGACACCCAGGUGUUCUCUCAUUAUGGAUGAGGAUGCUCCCACCCCUCGAUUAGAAGACUUUGGAAUUACAGAGCACACAAUGUGUUUAAAUAAUGAUUUCACCAUGGACCUGUUCCGCAAGAAACCACCAAAAGGAAGGCAGACUUACAGAACAACUGAAGAGACUGACCAUCGACCACCUCAAAGUCUUCCUACUCCGCCGUCUUGUUUCCCUCAUGAGAAGAUUUCUAAUGAGAGCAUGGAAUCCCCAGAACUGCCUGUAUUUUGUACUCUGGACCUUAAGAUGAAUAAACAGUCUCUUCCAUCAUCUGCUGUACCUGACAGUCCUCAGUCCCCAAAGUACACCAGUAAUUCUGCGUGUACACCGCCUCUCCCUGCGUUUGAGACGCCUUACAUCAGCAAGCUCAUCAGUGCAAAAAAGGACACCAGACAGAAUGAGCAGGAUGGACUCGGAGGAUCAGUGAAUAGCAUGCCCAACCCUUUGGAAUGCCCAGCUGUCAGAGUGUCAUCGUCAGACAUGCCACAGAUGCCAGUCAGUUUUUGUCCGAAAGAGGAGACCACUCCCGAAAUGCCAAAACUACAGUCUUUAUUCGGCCGCUCUUUACCUUGUAUGGGGGGAAAUAACCGGGCAGGCAUAACUGAGCCACCACCCCUUGUGCUACAUGCCAAUGAUGACCACACUGAGGAUUGGUGUCUGGCCACCCCACGUGUUCGGAUGAAUUUCCAAGAAGAGCCACGCACACCAGAGAUGCCUGAUAUGAGUUCCAUCACACAGGAUAUCCUUAAACUUGUUUCUCAGGCUAAUAGCAAGCAACACUCUACUGCAUCGGUACAACAGAGCUCAAAAGCUAAUUCGCAGACUUCAGCACCUGGGAAAGAGAACAGAGCCCGGUGUCUUGAUCAUGUGACUGAGAGAGAGUUUAAUGGACUUACCUCUUACAUGAAACAAAUCCCCCUGACCAGUCUGAACCAGGCAAUCAAUAAAAUGAACCAAGUCAUUAAGGAGCGACAUGGAGAUGGUGACCCCAACUCUGAAGCAUUUCAGAUGGAAGAUUUGAGGAAGAUAUUGGAGGUAGGACCCCAGUCUCCGAUGUAUAUCUUGGCUCUGGUUGAGCUGAAAAGGUUGGAGAGUGUGCAGGGGAGACCUGCAACGUUCAAGAUCAUCACAAAAACAUGAGAACUGGACUUUUGUUAACUGUGCUUCAUUAUGUUGUCUAUUUUCUGUGUUUAAUUGUAAUAUUCAAUCUGAUGGCAUGCUAUUUUAUGUUUGUUGCUUCUAAAACAUUAAGAUAGCAAGUACAACUCAACCCCCUGACUCGAUUUUCUGUUUAUUCUUUAUUUUGAUUUGUUGGAAAAUUGCACUCCUUUGCUUUGAAAAAUAAAACAUGCACAUCAUUUUAUAUAUACUUAAAGUGCUUAGAAGGUA